GUUUAAGUUAAUGUUAUUCAAUCCUCAAUUGCGCGAUGACCCGGCUCGCGCUCUCGCGGUACCUCCGGUACUUGUCCCAGACGCGCGGUGGAACGGGUUCGGGCUCGGCGUCGGCGUCGUCGUCGUCGCGGUCGAUAUCGGCGUCUGCCGGCGCGGCUGCGGCCGCCGCGGCGGCCUUGUUCCGCGCCGCCGCGGCCUUGGCCGCUUCCGCGACGGCGCG